GAGCAGCUCGCUGGGUCUCCGGAGGCUGCCCGUGUCUGUCUCAGGGUGUGCUGCAGGCACAACCAGUGGGAUUUUUUUUUUCUUCCCAGCAGAGCAGAGAGCUGGCCCUGCACUCCUGCCCCUGUGCACAGCACACUGCCAUAGGGCAGCCACCUCUGGACCAGGAGGAGGAGCGUCCCCAAGGACCCUCUGCCCAGCUUGACGGCUGCUCGGACAAACACCACAAGACCAGCCUCACCCGGGACGUCUGCCCUCCCUACAGCCGCCGCUAGCCCGGGCGAGGACCCCUCCAGGAUGCACGUCCCAAACAGCACCGGCCCGGACAACGCGACGCUGCAGAUGCUCCGGAACCCGACGAUCGCGGUGGCCCUGCCCGUGGUGUACUCGCUGGUGGCGCUGGUCAGCAUCCCGGGGAACCUGUUCUCCCUGUGGGUCCUGUGCCGACGCAUCGGGCCCAAAUCCCCCUCGGUCAUCUUCAUGAUCAACCUGAGCGUCACGGACCUGAUGCUGGCCAGCGUGCUGCCCUUCCAGAUCUACUACCAUUGCAAUCGCAACCACUGGGUGUUCGGGGUGCUGCUGUGCAACGUGGUGACCGUGGCCUUUUACGCAAACAUGUACUCCAGCAUCCUCACCAUGACGUGCAUCAGCGUGGAGCGCUUCCUGGGGGUCCUGUACCCGCUCAGCUCCACGCGCUGGCGCCGUCGUCGUUACGCGGUGGCCGCGUGCGCCGGGACCUGGCUGUUGCUCCUGGCCGCCCUGUCCCCGCUGGCGCGCACCGACCUCACCUACCCGGUGCACGCCCUGGGCAUCGUCACCUGCUUCGAUGUCCUCAAGUGGACCAUGCUCCCCAGCGUGGCCAUGUGGGCCGUGUUCCUCUUCACCAUCUUCAUCCUGCUGUUCCUCAUCCCCUUCGUGGUCACCGUGGCCUGUUACACGGCCACCAUCCUCAAGCUGUUACGCACGGAGGAGGCGCACGGCCGGGAGCAGCGGAGGCGCGCGGUGGGCCUGGCCGUGGUGGUCCUGCUGGCCUUUGUCACCUGCUUCGCCCCCAACAACUUCGUGCUCCUGGCGCACAUCGUGGGUCGCCUGUUCUACGGCAAGAGUUACUACCACGUCUACAAGCUCACGCUGUGUCUCAGCUGCCUCAACAACUGUCUGGACCCGUUUGUGUAUUACUUCGCCUCCCGGGAAUUCCAGCUGCGCCUGCGGGAAUAUCUGGGCUGCCGUCGGGUGCCCGGAGACCCCCUGGACACGCGCCGCGAGAGCCUCUUCUCCGCCAGGACCACGUCCAUGCGCUCCGAGGCCGGUGCGCACCCCGAGGCGCUGGAGGGAGCCCCCAGGCCCAGCCUCAUGAGGCAGGAGAGCGAGUUCUGAGUCUCCGGGGGUGCAGCUUGGAGAGCCAGGGGCGCAUGGAGAGGCCGCGGUGCCAGAGGUUCAGGGAGAACAGCUACGUUUCUCCCGGGCACUGCACAGGC